CGCGAGAAGAUUUCGCUUCUCAGUCAAUUACGAGCUUUUCCCGCGAGGUUACGUUAGCCGCUUCUGUCGGAUUAACGUAACUAUUACUAAGUGUUUUACUCCAGCCCACCACAACCUGUCCGCAGCGCGCCGCGCCCUUCACAGACACUUUCUCCUCAGUUUAUAACCUGCACGUCCAUCAGAACUACAAGAGAACAGAGGAAGGUGCAAACGGCCCCUCACAAUACUCAGCAGAACCGUAACGUUACAUCGAGGAGCACAGUAACACAGCUCGCGGGGCGGCGACCCUCGUAGCGUCGCGCGGGAACUGUCAGACGUGAUCUCCACUGCUGAUCUCUGCCUUCGUCAAGCCUUGUAUAGGCGAGCACUACUAAGGCAGAGAGGCCGUGUGUGCGUGCAGCGUUUCCUAUAUACGUUUGGACGUCCGCCAGAAAAACCGUAGCCAUGAUGCAAGUUAGCACUCUGUACGCGCAGUCUCUGGAGAGACAGCUCGUAUCUCGGCGCUCUCAGCUUAUCCACAACUUUUCCCGCUCCAGCUGUGGUGGCCAGGUUGACCCCAUGCGACAAGCUGGAGAUACGCCACCUCUGGACCCACUCCCACCUCAACGCGCUAACCGCAGGAAGGACGAUGAUCACGACCCCAAAGAGUGCACUGAUCGCCUGUGUCGCCUUCCCUCGCAGAACAAGGGCGGCCACCUGCUAGGCUCCCCACGGCGACACACCGCCUCGGCCGCCGUCGUGUCUGCUGCCCGCCUUACGCAGUCCACUGGUAACCUUUCUGUGCACUCCGACCUCUCCUUGCUCAAGAAGAAGGAGAGCGACAUGGCCUCAGCCGCCCUGCAGCCUAACUCCCCCGUCCUGGACAAGAAGGCCGCCAAGAAAGCCAAGGAGAAGGAGAAGAAGGAAGCCAAGAAGAUGCCCUCCAACUUCAUGCUGCUGACGCCCUGGUUCACCCGCCAGAACUGCGAGAAGCUGCUGUCCCAGGUGCGCUCCGGGGACAUCUUCGAGUUCAACAUCAAGCUGCACCAUCACUGGGGCAUCGCCAUCCUCCCCAAGAACAAAAAACCCAGCCUUGCUACUCUCGAACUUGCCCACUUGAUGCGAGAUAAGGACGGGAGGCAGCGAGCAGUGCGCCAGCCCCUGAAGGAUUACUGGCACGAGGGAGUGACAGCAAGGAUAAAUAACUCUAGGGAUGUACACAAGCCACCCCUGCCCGCCGGCGAGGUCACUUCAGCAGCCCUUAAGCUGAUCGUGCAGCCGUACAGGGUGUGGCAGAACUCUGAGCAAAUGGUUGUGUCCUGCAGAUACGGUGAUGGACAAAGGGCACGCCAGCUCAGUGAUGCAGCCAGGUGGGGGUCACUGAGCAAGUGUGUGGGGCUGUGGCUGACGCUGACAUCCUCCACGCAGAACUCCCCGGCCGGCUCCCCGGGCCCUCUCAGGAAAAGAACAGUGUCAGUCAACUUCUGAGUGCAGCAGUGAGCAGCCCGUGAGUCUGGGGGAACAGAUUUGUGGGCUGUUAGUUGUUACGCUCAGCAGCCGUUCGUGCAUGUCCCUUGUAUUGCUUCAAGUCCUUGCAUUACCUGGGUUUUUAUUCUAUUUAUGUCAUGAGCAACAGAGACCCAGUGCGACAUAAAUAUGGUAAAAAUGACACCUGGAUGAGGACUUUGAUAAUCUUAAUGAGUUUUUCAAAUUCUUUCUUGUUGGAUUAUUUAAAACUAACUGCUAUACAUAGUCUAUAUUUUCAAGCAUAAAUUAUAUUUUGGAUUAUUCAGUAAGGUGGAGAGUUCCAUGGAUAUUUUUUUGCAAAGAAUGGAAGCUUGCCCUACUCUGGUGAUGGAGACAAUUGUAUCUAGUCUGUACGUGUGUGUGUCAGUGUUGCACGGAGAGACACAGCGAGUCUCGGAGAACGUUCACAUGGUCUGUGUCGCGCUACUGAGGCGACCAGAGGGAGAGCGAGUGCAGUGAAUGGUUGAUAAGAGUAACCAGGACACUGCACUCUGGGAUGCGUUCUCUGAUGCCAGACUUGCCUAUCUCACGCCCCUCCAACCUCGCCUCACUAUCAGUCCGUGCUGCUUCCAACAGAGGUGCAUGUGAACGAACUCCUCACAAGAAUAAAGAGAGGGGUCAUUACUCACAUCACUUGGUAAUCAGGUUUGGUGCUUGACUUUAAAAGAGCCCCUUAAGAAGCACACCAGCAAAACAAGGUCUGUAUUGCUGAGGUGCUGAAGGUGACAGGAGAGUUGCAAGUGAGGGAGGCUGAGAGGGGUGAGAGGGAGGUCAGCAAAGGCAAGUAUUCAAACAAAACUGGUGCUUCCUGGUACAAAUAGAGACAGUCUGCUGUGUUCCAAUGUUUCUUUGACUCAAAAUGUGCAAGAAAACAGCGGAAUCCACAGCAGCAAUGCAAAAGAAGGGGAGAGAGAGAGAGAGAGAGAGAUUUUAUAUGGUAUUUUUCAUUUUAUUUUGGAAA